AUGAGUAACGCUGGACUUCCGUCAAAUAUAGCAUUUUAUCGUUACAUUUUGGGGUACCCAGGAACCAAUAAAUCAAUGGCAGUAGAUUUAAUCAAAGAUGCCUGCUUGGAUAUGGAAAACGCUACAGGCAUACCGGAAACCAGCUUAAAAGCAUGUCGUAUGAUGGACUACUUUAUUCAUCAAAAAAAAUGUAUGGCUGAAAGAAAGACUGACGAAGAUAUUGAUCAGUUAAAACAACGUUUUGCUGAAGAGGAUCAAAAACUGGAGCAACAAUCUGCGUUAGACGGUCAAAUAGAACAACGGAAGAGUCAAAAGGAGAAAAAAUCUAAAAUAUCGCCAUACGAAAAGCUCUUAUUGGCACCAGGAGACCGUAUUGCAUGGAACUACCUUCUCCAUCAUCAUGGCGGCUUUGACACCGAACAACUCAAUAUGGCAGCAAAAGAACUAGAAAAGGUAGAAAUAGGUAUUUUAUUUUGUAUACAUUUAACAGAAAACUCUGAAAAAAUCGUUUUUAUAAGAGCAUUCAUCAAGAUUAAACCCACGAAACAAGGCGGAAAAAAGCCCACCACAUACUUUGUUAAAAAGAUCAUCACGCAAGAUCAACAUGAGUUCAAAGAUGUUCAAACAUUCUCCAAUCUAUUGUAUAAAUUUGGGAUUAGCUACUCUGAUUACCUGCAUGCGU